AUGCCGUCUCAGGAUCAGCUCAAGGAGAUCUUCAACCUCUAUGAUGAGGAACUCGAUGGCAAGAUCGACGGCACCCAAAUCGGGGACGUCGUCCGGGCUGCUGGACUCAAGCCGACCAAUGCCAUGGUCGUCAAGGCUUCGGGACAGGAGUUCAAGCGUAAAGGCGAAAAGCGCAUUACCUUUGAGGAAUGGCUGCCGAUCUUCGAGCAACUGUCCAAGGAAAAGGAGCAGGGCACGUACGCUGAUUUCGUUGAAGGCUUGAAGGUGUUCGACAAAGAGGAAUGUGGAAAGAUCCUUUGUGCAGAACUCAGACACAUUCUUCUUGCUCUCGGAGAACGACUCAGUGCUGACGAGGUCGAUGAGCUGCUGAAGGGAGUUGAAGACGCUGAGGGUUUGGUCAAAUACGAGGAUUUCAUCAAGAAGGUGCUGGCCGGUCCAUUCCCCGACUCGGAUUGA